AUGGCGCAUCUAAUUCUCGGCGCUCUGCACCGGGCAGCCCAUGUGCGACACGCACAGGUGCUUCCCGACGAGGAAGGCAACCUCGCCGUCUUUUUAGAGAUACAUCGCGACGCGCCUGAAGUGGAGGGCCUGACGAAUCGCGAGAUCCUGUCUUCCCUCCGCAAACAGAUCCGAGACACCACGGGGAUCAAACCGCUACCAAAGAAGUGGAUCAUAGUCCUGCAGAUCCCUCUUGACGAGGAGAAGAAUGUGGACAACGAGAACUUGCGGCAGAUGGUGGGCUGGUCCCCUCCUCCCGAGGCGCACCGCGAGAACAUGAACCCAACCGACCAGGACGUUGGGCAGAUGCUACGAGCGGGCUUCUCCCGCACACACCGAAUAGAGGCCACCGAAGUUGACCUCCACAAGUCGUUUGUCAAGCUGGGAGGAGACUCCAUGAGCGCCAUCCGCCUCAUGAACUACCUACUCGAGAGGGGGGUAGUGGUCACAGUCGCAAACCUACUAGGGAGCCCUCGCCUAAUUGACGUCGAGUGGCACAUGGACCAAUCGAAACGAGAAGUUGGCUCCUCUUUGCAGACAAAAGCACUCGAGGCCGUGCCAGAAACAUGUGACGACUAUGCGCUGCGAUCCAGUACACCCGCCCAUCGAGCGACCUUUGAGCAGCGCAUGCUGCGCGAUCUCAGCAUCGCCUCCUUGAAGGACGUCCAAGCCGUCUAUCCCUGCACGUCCGUCCAGGAAGGCAUGAUUAUUGCCGUGCUGAAAGAGCCCGAGAGCUACCGAGUAGAGCUCGUCGUCGAAGCGACACCUGUCCGUGCCAACAGCGCCAUAGACAUGAAAGCUCUGUCGGAUGCUUGGGUGCACACAAUCCAGCGACACGAGGCACUGCGGACAGUCUUUGUGCAGAGCGUGAGGGAAUACGUUCUCUUUGAGCAGGUCGUGCUGCGAAGCGCGGCACCCCAAGUUCGCUCGCUCGAGGGACCUUGCGCGGAUGCACAGAGCCAGUUGCACUUAUGUCCACCGGUGCAUUUCGACCUGACACGCCCUGCCCAUCACCUUACCUUCUGCGAGGAUGAGCAGGGCCGCGUAUUUUGCAAGUUCGAAUUUAGUCACGCGAUUGUGGACGGCACGUCCUUAUCCAUCAUACUACGAGAACUGCGUGAUAUAUACAAGGGCAGGCCGCCUCCCGAGCCCCCUCUGCGUGGAGGCGAUUACCACACCUUCCUCAGCGCUCAAGAUAGCUCCCUGGAGUAUUGGGGGAGACAUCUGAGCGGCCAGGGAGCGGCUCCCUUCCCACGCUUGGGCUCUGAGGCGGCCACGGGGCAGGCCUCGCUGGCGGUGGAGCUUGGUAGCCUGGAUCAACUGGCGUCGGCUUGCCAGGCCACGGGGAUCACGCCGGCAACACUCAUACAGACGGCAUGGGCAAUGGUUCUGCGCUAUUACACGCAGUCCGAUGCGGUGUGUUUCGGCUACGUGACCUCGGGACGUGAUGCGCCUCUCCCUGGACUCGAGAAUACCGUCGGCGCCUUUGUGCAUAUUCUGGCGCGACGGAUUGUCCUCGACGACUCGCGCGACGCCUCUGGACUCCUUCACGACAUCCAAGGGGACUUUGUUGAAGCCUUGUCACACCAAUACUGCUCCCUGAAAGAGGUCCUGGGUGCCACGUCCCAGCCUGACCGAGCCCUCUUCGACACUGUCCUGUCGUGCAUACACGAUGACGAAGGCAAGGGUACGUCAGGGGGCGCUUCCGAAGACUCUUCGGAAGAGAUGAAGCUCACAGCUCGAAGCGAGGCAUUCCCCACCGAGUAUCCCGUUUCUGCCGUCGCCAUCAGCACGCCGACGUGUUUGCGCCUCCGUCUCACCUACAAGCUGCACACAUUGUCCGACGCCACGGCCACGUCCUUGGUCGACUCGUUCCGCACCGCUAUCUCCUGGCUCACCUCGCAUCCAGCACGGCCUGUGACCGAGUGCCGACUGUUCAGCCGUCAUGAUCUGGACGCCAUGCGCCAGUGGCACACGAAUCCGCCGCCUCUGGUAGAUGCAUGCUUGCAUCACAUGAUUGCGGAGCAGACGGCUUCCUAUCUCGACCGACAAGCCAUCCUAGCCCCGGAGGGUUCCUUUACCUACCGGGAACUCGAGCGCAAGGCGACGCUGCUCGCCGCCUACCUGCAACAGCAGUACCAGAUCGGGCCCGAAUCGCAUGUGCUUUGUUGCUUUCCCAAGUCCGCCUGGACGGUCGUGUCCAUGUACGGCAUCCUAAAGGCUGGGGCCGCCUACGUGCACGUCGAGACGAGGCACCCCAGAUCCCGCAUCGCCACCAUCGCCGAGAGCUGCCAGAGUCGUUGGAUCCUGACCACCGCCGAGUCAGCAGGCCUCGUGGCAGGGGUGGUACCGAACGUGCUGACAAUCGAUGGCGAUUUCUUGGACGAACUGGAGUCCCAGAUCAACGCGGAUGCCUUGCGGACUGCUGUGACGCCGACCAAUGUGGCUUCUAUUAUAUUCACAUCCGGAAGCACGGGCGUGCCCAAGGGUAUCGUCAUGGAGCACGCUGCCUUUUGCAACUCGUUCAUCGCCUUGGAGCGUGACAUUGGCUGGACCAAGCCGCUGCGCAUGCUGCAGUAUUCGGCCCAUACGUUCGAUGUCGUCUCGCUCGAAGUUUUCUACACCCUCUGGAAGGGUGGUUGCAUCUGUAUACCUUCCGAGCACGAAAGGGUCAACGCCCUACCCAGUUCCAUACGACGCCUGAAUGCCAGCGCAGCGUUGCUGACCCCGUCCGUGGCCAGCACCUUCACCCACGCCGAUGCGCCCUGUCUCGAGCAGCUCCUUCUCGGCGGCGAGGCGAUCCCGCAGUCCGUCCUCGACAGCUGGGUAUCCCUGCGACGGAUUGGCAUAUACGGCCCAGCCGAGGUCUGCACCUGUUCGGCAUGGAACCCACAACUGGGGAGCGUAGGGAAGACGACCACGCUGGGCCGUGUAUCGGGGCUCGGCCUAUGGGUUGUCAGCCCGGAAGACCACGAGACAAUUUUGCCCCUGGGCUGUGUAGGCGAGCUGGUGAUCCAAGGUCCGACGCUUGCUCGUGGCUAUCUUGGACAGGCCGGCGCCGAUGCGUGGCUGGUCAACGCAUCAUCCUUCCUACCCAAGCUAGAGGGCGUCGAUGGUCAUCGAGCCUACAAAUCAGGGGAUCUUGUGCGAUACAACGCGGCUGGUACCAUUGACUUUAUCGGGCGCAAGGACAGUCAAGUCAAAUACCAUGGACAGCGCAUUGAACUAGGCGAGAUUGAGACGCAACUUGUCCACAUCUCACCACCAGGCGUGGGCGGCAUGGUCGAACUCGUCACGCACGAAGUGACUGGCCGGCAGAUGCUUGUCCUCAUCUUGUGGUUUGUGGACAGUUCGCACCUGGACGUGCCGUCUGCGGGCGUGCCUCGGCCCAUGGCCGAGUCGGAAUUUACCCCUGAAAUCGGCGAGGUGAUACGGCAAGUGAUGGAGAGACUCGGCAAGAAACUGCCAACAUACAUGGUCCCCACGCUGGCUAUCCCUCUCGCUGGUACGCCGGUCCAGACCUCAUCAGGAAAGACGGAUCGCAAGCCGCUUCGAGCUAUAGCCCAGCAGCUGAGUCCGCAAGAUCUCGCCCUCUUCUCCUCCAUCGAACGGCCGGCUGUGGCAAGGGAGCUGAGUGAAACAGCUGUGGCUCUACGCCAGCUCUGGGCCCAGAUCCUCAGCCUCGAUGCGUCUCUUAUCCAAGGCCAUCAUCACUUCUUUCGCCUGGGGGGCGACUCCAUCGCCGCCACGAAGCUGGUCACACUGGCCUUCAAGAAGGGGCUCGAGCUCAGCGUGGCUGCCAUCUUUGCCUCCCCCGUCCUGGAAGACAUGGCCAGCACCACCAAUCGAGCAUCGUCUUUAGAACUUGCCCAUCUUGCUCCGUUUGAACUCGCACCGCGAGGCGUGAGCCCGAGCGAGAUACGACGCGUUACGUCCGUCACCUGUGGUGUCUCUCCGAACCAAGUCAAGGACGCGUAUCCUUGUACACCACUCCAAGAGGGGCUCAUGGCCAUCUCGCUCAGGAACCCUCGCGCGUACAUCGCCGUGGGUGCGUACAAGCUGCCGGAUGACGUCGACCUGGACCGUCUGACCUCGGCAUGCGCCGCGCUGGUCGAGCGAAACGAUUUGCUCCGAACACGGUUCGUCCAUGUCGAGGAUGUUGGGCUGCUGCAGAUCGUGGUGGAAGAUGUCCUCCCCUGGGAACGAAGAACGAAUUUGGACAAUUUUCUCCUCUUGGAGGACGCCCCACCGACGAGCCUGGGGGCCAGGAUGGCUCGAUGGAGCCUCGUAGAAGACACGGGUGGUGGCAGGCAUCUGGCCCUGGCAAUUCAUCACUCCCUCUUUGACGGCCACAGUCUGGGGUUGAUGAUGCUAGAGCUCCAAGAUCUAUACAACGGACUAGAGCUGCCCGCCCCGCUCCCCUAUGCACACUUUGUGAAGUAUAUCGCAGAGAAACACGACGCUGAAGCAGAGAAGCGCUACUGGCAAGACCAGUUCUCCAAGUCCAAUCCUUUCCCGCUCCCCUUCCAGUCCCGCCUGCCGUCAUCGCCGACGUCCCAGGAGUAUCUCCCCCAGGGCCAGAAGGAUUUUUUGAUUCCUGCUAUCAAGAAUAACCAUACGAGUCACAGUGUGCCGACCCUCCUCAGGGCUGCCUGGGCCAUUGUCAACGCCAAGUAUGCGGGGACCGAUGAUGUCCUAUUUGGCGUUACGGUAUCUGGACGCACAGCCCCCGUGGCUUGGAUUGAUUGUAUCGUUGGUCCAACCAUCGCCACGGUCCCUCUGCGGAUUCUUGUCGACAGCGGAACGUCUGUCACUGGACUGCUCGAAGCGAUUCGGGACCAGAUGAUUCACAUGUUCGACUUUGAACAGUCGGGCAUUCAGAACAUCGCCCGUAUGGGAGGCGACACGGCCAACGCCGCUACCUUUGGCACGCUCCUCGUCGUUCAGCCUCCAGGGGCUUCCAAGCAGAUUCAACUCUUCGAGCAAGACCCGGUUGGGUCCUCGGAGAUUGGUAAGUUAGGAUAUGGAUUCGUACUGACCUGCAGCCUCCGAGACGACAGCUCCAUUCACUGCAAUGUCAUCUACGACCAGACGCGCAUCGCGAGUGAGCGCGCCGACGGGGUGUGCGCUCACUUUCACGAGGCGUUCCGUCAGGUGGCCGAAGCUAGUGCGGAUCUGCCUAUUGGCGAGAUCGAAAUGGUGACGCGAGGUGAUAUCUCGACUCUGCGAGCUUGGAACAAGGAGACACCCCAAGAAGUCUGUCUGUCGGUUCCGCGUUUCAUCGAACUGCAGAACGCCAAUAUGCCUGAAGCCAUUGCGGUGGAAUCGAAGGACGUCCGUCUCACAUACGAGGAGUUGAACUCGACGUCGGAUCGCCUGGCCUCGUACAUACUAUCGCGAGGCGUGAAGCCACAUCAGAUGGUGCCUUUUUGCCUGGAGAAGUCGGCGUGGGCCGUUGUGGCCAUGCUCGGCAUCAUGAAAGCCGGGUGUGCGUUUGUACCCCUGGACCCCUCCCACCCUCGCCAUCGGUGGCAAGCUAUACUGGAGCAAAUCGAUGCCAGUCUGGUCCUGAUUUCAGGGAGUAUACAAUCUCAGUUCGCCGACUUGGGGGUAGAGGCUCUGGAGAUAUCGGGAGAUAUCAUCUCCAGCCUCCCUGCCGGUAGCGUGAACUUGCCAGAGGUCACAAACAAGCACUUGGCUUACGUGCUGUUCACAUCUGGCACGACGGGCAAGCCCAAGGGCGUCAUGGUUGAAAACGGCGCGGUAUGUACCAGCUUCCAGGGUAUCACGGGGUAUCUAGGCUUUGAUCAGUCCACAAGAGUCUUGCAGUACUCACCGUAUGUGUUUGAUGCGUGCUGCCUCGAGAUCUUCGGGGCGCUUCUCCGCGGGGGGUGCGUCUGCGUACCAACAAAGGAUGAGUGCCAACACGACAUAGCGGGGGCGAUCCGGAGAAUGGAUGUCACCUUUACCGCACUGACGGCCUCAUUGUCGCGGCUCUUCACGCCGGACGAGGUGCCCAGCUUGAGGUCGAUCCUCCUGGGAGGAGAGCCAAAUACCCCCGACGUCGUCAGCACCUGGUCGGCAAUCCAGGGACGCGGUGGCUACGGGCCUACCGAGGCUUGCACUGGCGCGACCGCGAGACUCUGGGAGACAGCACAAGACCCCCCGUCGAACAUUGGAAAGGCUGUCAACUGCACAACGUGGGUGGUGGACCCCAGCGACCCCGAGAAGCUCGCGCCCGUCGGGUGUAUCGGUGAGCUCGCCAUCCAGGGGCCCACGCUGGCCCGUGGAUACUUGGGAAGCCCAAGCCAGACAGCCAGCGUCUUUCGAGACGCACCACGAUGGAUGCGGGAAGUCACCGCAGACACUGGACGUAUCUACCUGACUGGUGACCUCGUGCAGUAUGAGUCGGACGGCUCGCUUAACUUUGUGGGACGCAAGGAUAACCAAGUCAAGCUCAACGGGCAGCGAAUCGAGCUUCGCGAGGUGGACGCAUAUGUCGAAGGGCUCGCUCCGGGGAUUGACUGCGUCUCGGAGAUUGGCACGCCGCUGGAAGGUCGAUCUACGCAGCUCUUGGCCAUGUUCUUCCAGUCGAAGCAUGCUCUCGCGUCGCAACAGGCGUUCCCCCUUCUAACGGACGAGGAGGUCAUUUGGCUCAAGGGGCUCGCCACCGAUCUGGUAGCGCGCGUCCCGGGCUAUAUGGUUCCCCGACUCUGGAUCCCCUUGAACAAGCUGCCCCUGACUAUCUCGGGGAAACUCGAUCGCAGUGCGCUCAAGCGAGCCAUUCACGAUCUGAGCGCGGCGCAGAUCACAAGUUACAGCCUGGUCAACACGGGAGAUCAGAAGAAGGAGGUGACCAACUCCUGGCAGUCGAGCCUGCGAGACCUCUGGGCGUCGGCUUUGCAGUUGAAAGCGUCUGCGAUCAACGUGAACGACAACUUCUUUGCGUUAGGCGGUGACUCGAUCGUCGCGAUGAGGCUUGCCUCGAGUGCCAGGAAAAACGGACUUGACCUGGAUGUCCCCACCAUCUUCGCCAAGCCUACCCUAGAGCUCAUGUCCCUGGCGGUACGACAAACGAUGCAGAGCGAAGAGGAGGGUGCCUAUGUGACUUUUUCGUCGAUAACGGGCCCGGAAAGGCCAGACCUUCUGGCCACUAUCAGCGCGCAGCUCGGCACGGCCAAAGAAUGCAUCAAAGACGUCUACCCUGCUACUCACAUGCAAGAGGCCCUGAUUUCCCUGUCUUUGAAGAAGCCCGGCUCUUACGUUGCCCAGCAUGUGUUCCGCUUGCCAAAAUCCUUGGACGCCGAGUGUCUGUCCAGGGCAUGGUCGUCUGUUGUUUCAGCGUGUUCUGUCUUGCGAUCGAGAAUCGUUCAAGUCCACGGCGUGACCUACCAGGUCGUCCAAGACGAGGAGGCUUCGUGGUCCACCGCGCGCUUGGCAGACGUAGCAGACGAGAAGCAGUUCAUGGCACACCUCAGGGAGAGACCCCGCGAAGAAAUGUCUCUCAAUACGAGAUUGUGCCAGGCGACCUUGUUUGAGGCUGCUUGUGAAAGGUAUAUGGUGUUGACGGCACACCAUGCCAUCAUCGACGGUUGGUCGGUCGGUCGCAUUCUGUCUUUGCUGAAUGACGCAUACCAUGGCGCAUCUCUGCUCCCUCCACCAGACUUCAACACCUUUUCCGUCCAGGCCCGCGAUGUGAACGAGCAAAGUGAGGCCUUCUGGGCCAGUGAGCUGGAAGGCGCUCAGGACUCUCGCUUCCCCAAAACGCAGGUUGACAGCCAGCAGAAGCAGAAAGAGCCCGAGACCACCGCCUUUUACAAGAGCCGCGUCAAAUUGCCCAGACGUGCAAAGAGCAAGGAGACUACCUUGCCCACUCUCAUCCGCGCCUCUUGGGCCCUCACGGUAGCGCAGCGGUGCGGCUCAACGGACGUGACCUUUGGCAACGUGGUCUCAGGCCGCAAUGCGCCCGUAUCGGGGAUCGAAGAGAUCGUUGGCCCUACGGUGGCCACGAUACCAUUACGCGCUCACACGCCGGCGGACGAGACCGUUGGUGCCUUCUUGAGCAAAGUGCAAGGCCAGUCUGCGCGCGCCAUGCACCACGAGCAGUUCGGUCUCCAGAACAUUGCCAAAAUCUCUGAUGACACACGACGCGCCUGUGAUUUCACCAACAUUCUCGUCAUCCAGCCCAGCGAACUGGCUACGGAUGGUCAGAGUCUCGGGCUUCAGCCGCUGGACAACGAAGAGGGCCACGCUGGCUUCAUGGCCUACCCCCUUGUGCUGCAGUGCACUGUUCGCAGCAACGAGGAGGUUGAGCUCGGCUUUAGUUAUGUCACCAAGUAUCUCAACUUGAUGGUGGUUGAAAGCCUGGCUAGGCAGAUGCACCUCUUCCUCGAGCAGCUCUGUCAGGCAGACGUCGCAUCGUGUCUCGGCACUCUCGAGACGUGCCAUGCUCUCGACGUCAGGCGCAUGAAGAUGUGGAAGCCGAGUACGGUUCCAGACGCGGUAUCCGCCGUGGCAGUUGCCCACCCAUCCGAGCCUGCGCUCCAGGCGUGGGACGGCGGACUGUCCUAUAGAGACCUUAAUGUUCUCACGGACAAACUGGCGGACAAGUUGGCGGACCAGGGCAUUGGCAGUGCGGAUCUUGUACCCAUCUACUUUGAGAAGUCAGUCUGGGCUGUUGUCGCCAUGCUGGGCGUCAUGAAAUCCGGUGCAGCCUUUGUUCCCUUGAACCCCGACGACCCAGCUGGCCGCCGCAACGAUGUGCUGUCGCAGAUCAAUUCAAAGGCCAUUCUCUGCUCCGAGUCGAUGCGGUCGCGCUGCACAGGACUGGCCAGCUUCGUCAUGACUGUAGGCAGGGAGAUCACUAUGGAAGAGGAGCGUUCUGCGUCGGCCCUGGCGCACGCACGCAUCGCAGCUGCUGACCAGGUGGCGUACGUCUUCUUCACUUCCGGUAGCUCUGGCAUGCCCAAGGGCGUUGUGAUGGGCCAUGCGGCGUUCCACGAGAGCGUCGUGGGCAUCGGCCUUCGCAUGGGACUCAAAACUUCCAGUCGCGUGCUGCAGUACUCUGCUUUCGUCUUCGACGUGUCACUCGCCGAAAUCUUUGCGACGCUCGUCACUGGCGGUUGCGUCUGCAUUCCGUCCGACGAGGCGCGUAUGAAUGAUGUCGCCUCCGCCAUGCGGGAUAUGGCGGUCAACUUUGCCUUUUUAACGCCGUCAGUGUCGAGGCUGCUCAACCCAGCCGCGGUACCGCGUCUGGAGACUCUCGUUCUCGGUGGAGAGGCGGCCACCAGCGGCGACGUGCAGAAAUGGGUCGGCCAUGUGCGUCUGUUGAAUGGAUACGGGCCUACGGAAGCGUGUAUCUACAGUGCCUGCUAUGAAUGGUUGCCCGGGCGCGACGAGGUGUCCACAAGUAUCGGUGCUGGUCUGAACUGCGCCUGCUGGAUCGUCGACCCGGAUAACCACGACAGGCUCGUAAGCCCCGGUUGCGAGGGGGAGUUGCUUCUGCAAGGCUCGGUCCUUGCUCGUGGCUAUCUACACGAUGACGAAAAGACGGCGUCAGCCUUCAUCAACCAGCCAGCUUGGGCCGCAGCGGCAGGGCUUCCACGAAAUUCGCGUCUGUAUAAGACAGGUGACCUUGUUCGCUAUGGUGAUGUGGACAGGAUCGAUUAUCUAGGCCGAAAGGACUCGCAGAUCAAGAUCAACGGCCAGCGCGUGGAGGCUGGCGAGGUCGAGUACCAGCUCAAAGCAGCAUGGACGAUGGGCCAUGUCCGCGAUGUUGCCGUCCUGUCGAUCGAGAACCUCGAACAGAGACUCGGCAGCACUCUUGUGGCAUUCGUCUGGGUAGAAGGUGAUCAGAACGCAGAGGGAAUGAACACCUCGUCCUUCGAGGCCGGUAUCCCCCCCCAGCUUGACUCGUUCCGCGACGAUGGCGAGGCAGCACUGUCAGCGAUGCGUCGCAGGGUUGGGCAGCACAUGCUUCCCUCGCAUUUCUUCUCGGUUGAUUGCAUGCCCAAGAGCGCUGCGGGCAAGAUCGACAGGAAGAAGCUGGAGCAAUGGGUUCGCGCACUGCCGACGGACGUGGUCCUGGCCUCCACCCUACGCCGUCGGCGGAGCGAAAACAUUGCCCUGUCCACCGAAAAAGAGAGAAUCCUCCAAAACCUCUGGAGCGUGGUGUUAGGUCUAGAUGCUGACUCUAUCAUGGCGAAUGACAGUUUCCUUGCCGUCGGAGGCGAUUCCAUUCGCUCUAUCCACCUCGUCCAGUUGGCAAGAGAAAAGGGGCUGGCCCUGACAGUGGGAAAAAUCUUUGAAACACCCGUCUUGUCUGAGAUGGCCUUCCACACACCUGCUAUUGAGGACGGCGAGCCCGCAGAUGGCUUUAUGAUCGAGCCGUUUUCCAUCCUCACCGGAGACCAAGAUCAACAAAGUCUGGUAAACCAACUGGCCGAGGCUUGCAACGUGGCGCCAAGCACUGUAGCCGACGCAUAUCCAUGUACCGCGCUCCAGGAGGGCAUGAUGGCGCUUUCAAACAAGCAGACAGGAUCCUACAUGGCGCAGGUUCCCUUUGAAGUUGCUGCCGACACGGACAUUGACAGGCUCAAGAUGUCGUGGCAAGCUGCAUCGGAUCGAGCCGAGAUCCUCCGGACUCGAAUCGUGGCAGGCCACAAGGGAGAGCUCAUCCAGGUUGUCCUAAAGCCUUCAGACAUUGAAUGGACUGAGGUGACAGCACCGUCGCUCGAUACAUUCAUGAGGAAUGGCACCCAAGCUCCCAUGGCCCUGGGUACUUCGCUCUGCCGCUUCACACUCAUCAAGCAAGGAGGCAAAAGAUCUUUCCUCUGGACAAUCCACCACAGUCUGUACGACGGGUGGUCCAUGGACCUUGUUCUGAGUAUGGUCGACAAGCUCUAUCACGGCUCUAUAGUGGUAGACCACACCCCAUUCGUCAACGCCAUUGCUCAUAUUGAAGAGCGAGAUCUUGCCGAGCAGCAAGCUUUCUGGCUGAAAGAACUCGAGGGCGCUCCUGGCGCGUCGUAUCCAACUCUCCCUGCCGUCAACUAUGUCCCGAAGGUGAAUGCGGUGCGGACCUACGACUUCACUGUGCAGAGGGAUUCAGGGUCGGGAAUCACGUUUCCCACCAUUCUCAAGGCUGCCUGGGCUCUUCUCCUGUCUCAUUACUCGAGCACGGAAGAUGUUGUACUUGGUCUCACCACGACUGGCCGUCAAAUGGACGUGACUGGAGUGCAGUCUAUCAUCGGCCCGCUCGUCACCACCCAUCCCAUGAGGAUCAGGCUGCCGCCGACCAGCAGUGUUGCGUCGAUCCUGGAAAGUGUGCAGAAGCAAGGCACGAGAAUGAUACCAUUUGAACAGCUUGGCCUGCAGAAUGUCAGUAAGCUCAGUGAGGACUGUCGCAUUGCUUGUGACUUCCGUGUCCUCGUGGUAGUGCAGCCUUACAAGGGAGAAGGCGGCAACCACAACGAGAACAUCAUGGCACCCGUUUUCGAAGAGGGAGGGUUCGAGUCCUUCCACACCUACCCCAUUGUGGUGCAGUUAUUCAUCCAAGCCCACAAUGGCGUUCGAGUGCACGUCACCCACGAUCCCGCCGUGAUCAACGCAGACCAGGUCGAGGCCAUCUGCCACCAGCUCGAGAGUGUCACCGCACAGCUCUGUCGCAGCAGCGUCGAGGAUUUCAAAGUGUCUGACCUGGACCUCGUUAGCCCCUGGGAUAAAACCCGGCUCCUGCAAUGGAAUGCCUCUUGCCCUGAGCCAGAGCAGCAUCUUCUGCACGAAAACAUCCAAGAACGGGCCAGGAAGAGGCCAGAUGAGCCUAUAAUCUGUGCCUGGGACGCCCAGCUCACCUAUGGACAGUUUUCCAGGCUUACGGAUGCCCUGGCGGAUCACCUGGUGAGAGCAUGCAACGUGCAAGUCGGAGAAUAUGUGCCAUUUUGCUUUCCACAAUCCGCCAUGGCUAUUGUGUCCAUGGUGGGCAUCAUGAAGACUGCCCGAUUGCUGCUGGGCUCUGAGUCGACUGCUGCGAAAUGCGCUCAGCUAUCAGAUGAUGUUGUUCUCGUCACCUCUUCGUUCUUGAACGCGUGUGCCUCCGAAGCAGAUCUGCCCUCUGGCAAGCACCUACCAGAUGGUCUGCAUCCCCAGAGUGCGGCGUACGUGAUCUUCACAUCGGGCUCCACGGGUGUGCCAAAGGGCCUCAUCAUGCCACACUCGUCCGCCUUCACCGCUUUGAAGGACAUUGGGGCCCGGAUCGGACUGGGAGACAAGACACGCAGCCUGCAAUUUGCCUCGUACGUGUUCGAUUUGUGUAUCGGCGAGAUCUUUGCCACACUUCUCUCGGGGGGCGCCUUGUGUAUCCCAUCGCCCGAGGAACGCCUCGAUGACUUUUCCGGCUUUGUUUCCCGUACGGCCGUAAACACGCUCUGGCUGACGCCCACGUUUGUUCGCCUCCUCACACCUGCCGCACUCCCCAGUGUUGACACUCUGAUUCUCGCGGGCGAGAGCGUGACGAGAGACAUUGUCACCGACUGGGCUGAGUAUGUUCAUCUCUGGAAUGCCUGGGGUCCUAGCGAGUGCUGCAUGGCCAGCACAUUGCACGAGUUUACUUCCCCCAUAGACUCUCCGUCCACCAUCGGUCGUUCCGUUGGGGGCCUGUGCUGGGUCGUGGACCAGGAUGAUCACACCAAUCUGGCUCCCGUGGGUUGCAUGGGAGAGAUUGUCAUCACAGGUCACACUAUAUCCAAGGGAUACCUUGGCGCCCCUGAACUGACCGCGGCCUCGUACAUAGAAACGCCACCGGCGUGGCUGUCAUCUCUCAACUCAACCUUUGAGUCGCGGCUCUACAAGACGGGCGAUCUCGGAAAGUUCAACAGCGAUGGGACCUUAGAGUUCCUCGGCCGAAAAGACACGCAAGUCAAGAUCCGAGGCUUCCGCAUUGAGCUGGCCGAGAUUGAAUUUCAUCUCAGGGCUCAUUCUGCACUUAUUCGGGAUGUUGCUGUGGAGUUGAUCCAACCUCCUGCGGCUGCAGGUCGCGAUAUGUUGGCCGCGUUCUUUACGUUGUGCACAGAGAGAUAUAACAAGCAGCCAUCAGACCAGGCAAACCCAACUUCUGUAGUCCUCCCCAUGGAUGCGGUGCUUCGAGAUGAGCUCGCUACCUUGUCCGGUCUCCUUGGCAUCGUCAUGCCGUCGUACAUGGUCCCGGACCUCUUCGUUCCUCUGCGCGAAAUUCCCGUCAUCACUUCCACCAAGACAAACCGAACGGCGCUGCGGGCUCUGGGAGAAUCCUUGUCCCAAGUUCAACUGAGAACGUACGGCCUUGCAGAGACGACCAAGCGCACAGUGUCGACAGACAAAGAAAGACUGCUGGCUUCAGUUUGGGCGUCCAUCUUAAACAUGACAGUAGUCGACAUCGGAAAGGAUGACAACUUCCUCCAACUGGGAGGCGACUCUAUCGCAGCUAUUCGUUUGGCUUCUGCCGUACGAGAGGCUGGAUACUUUAUUGGGGUGGCGGAAGUCUUCGCUGACCCCCGGCUUUCCCAGCUGGCGUUGCGCAUGGAGCCUUUGGAGGAGACCGAGCACGAUCAAGGACAGGUCCCUCGAUUUGGCCUCCUUGCCCCAGGCGACGACCCGACACAUCUUUUAAAGUCCAUUGCGAGCCGUUACGAUCUGGAUGAGGACACAAUAGUCGACAUCUACCCUUGCACAGCCCUCCAAGAGGGCAUGAUGUCCUUGACGUCGAAACAGUCCGAGUCGUACAUUCAUCGCCAUGUGUUUAAGCUACCACGUGAGCUGGACAUGAAACGGUUGCGACGCGCCUGGGAGACAACCGUCUCCGCCAACGACAGUUUGCGUACCCGCAUAGUCCAAGGACCGAUGGCACAGGUACAGAUUGUUCUUGAUGAAGAACUAAGAUGGACCGAAGAAACAUGCAUUGGUGUUGAAGAGUACCUGGAGAGCCAUCCCAAGCCAUUUCUCACCUACGGCAGCCCGCUGUCGUCGUUUGUUCUCCUUCGAGACCGCCAUGGUGAUGCCUACCUCAUGUGGGUGUGCCACCACGCGCUCACAGACGGGUGGUCGCUCGGUCUCGUGCUGAACCAAGUACAAACCAUCUACAUGGCGGAAGACGGCGUAGACAUCUCGAGACGUUUCAUGACGCCCACAAGCGCCCCAUUCUCAAAGUUCAUUGCCCACCUCCAAAGGUGCGAUGCAAAUGCCUCUGCCAACUUCUGGGAGUCCCAGCUGAAACCUAUCAACAAUGCUCUCCCAACGCAUUUCCCACCAGCGCAGAAGCUUUCGAGCAGUCUGGAGCAUUUGCCACACCACAUGACAACCCACAAGACGUUUCUACUGCCACAGUCAAACGAAAGCGAAGUGACAAUUUCAACUAUUCUCCGAGCGGCCUGGACUCUCGUUCUUUCUCAAUGGUCAGGAUCCAAAGACGUACUAUUCGGAUCCGUUCUGUCUGGGCGAAACGUCCCCGUGCCGGGCAUAGAGCACACUGUCGGCCCCACGAUCACCACAGUCCCUGUCCGUGUGGCCGUACCUUGCGAUACGACCACGACCAGGGCCUUUCUCCGUACCAUCCAGCGUCAAGCCAACGAGAUGACUCCUCAUGAGCACUUUGGCGUCCAGAGGAUCGCUAAGCUGAACGCAUCGGCUCGCGUUGCGUGUGGCUUCCGAAACCUCUUUGUGGUUCAACCUCUGAACCAAUACACUAACGACCUUAAUAUCGAAAUGGCGCACGUCGAGGCGCACGGAAACUUUAUUGACUAUCCCCUCAUAUUCGAGUGUUUGCUCGGGGACGCGGAAGUCAACACUAGAGUGACCUUUGAUCCGCGCCUGCUUUCCACAUUCCAGGUGGAAGCCAUGUGUGAUCAGUUCGCUACGCUCUGCUCCCAGCUUGUCGGAAGAGAAGACACGGUGUCCCUCCACGACGUAGCGUUUGCAAGCGAGCAAGAAGAGGCAACGAUAAUGACGUGGAACCAAGAGAGCGCUGGAGACCUGAGCGUCGAGAAACGAACCAUACCUGAGCUCUUUGCAUCCAAGAUCGCCCAUUACCCCGACGCAGAGGCCAUCUACGCGUCUGCCGAGGGAGGAAGCCGGGACAUCUGGACGUACGCAAGGCUCGGUGCCGCCGUGAACAGGCUUGCCAAUCACCUGCGGAUAAUAGGAGGCUGCAAGCCUGGGGAUGCUGUCCCUGUCUGCUUCGAGCAUUCUGUCUGGUACACCGUGUCUAUCCUGGCUGUCCUCAGCAUCGGUGCCUAUUUUGUGCCGCUUGAUCCCAAGCACCCGCAAGAAAGGAGACAGGAUAUCCUUCAGCAACUGGACGCGAAAAUCCUGCUUGGCUCAGCGGCUGGUGCGGCUGCGUCCACCGGCAUGCUGCCCAUUAUUGUCGAGGUGUCGUCGUAUCUCGAUCAACAGCUCAUGACUAACGAAUCGCAACUACCUAAUGUACUGCACGAGGCCGCGUCCCCUUCGCAGCUGGCCUAUAUCCUCUUCACGUCCGGCAGUACAGGCAAGCCGAAGGGUGUCAUGAUCAGCAACCAGGCCCUGGCUACAGCUCUGCGAAACCAUGUCGAGCCUUUCAAGAUGGGCGCACACAGCCGCAUCCUGCAGUUUGCUUCCCAUGUCUUUGAUGCCAGUAUCUCGGAGAUUAUUGGCACACUCCUCCACGGCAGCACCGUGUGCGUUCCCAGUGAGACGCAGCGCAUGAACCCACACCAUCUUGCGGAGUUCAUGGUGGAAGCCGAUGUCAACUGGGCCUUCCUGACCCCUGUUGUCUCCCGGCUCAUCUCUUCCACUCAAUUUCCGUCGUUGGAGACGAUUGUAGUCGGCGGUGAAGCUCUCACCCCCAGUGUCAUCAGCCCCUGGCUAGACGCUGGCGUCCGCUUCAUACAAGCAUACGGCCCUACCGAAACCACUAUCUUCAUGACCGCACAUCAUAUGACGGCCCCUGAGCCACCGGCUAUAAUUGGGCGUGGUGUAGGGUAUUGCAGUUGGAUCGCAGACCCCAAUGACUACACAAAGCUGGCGGCCAUCGGCUGCGUGGGCGAGCUCAUUGCCCAAGGACCCUCGUUAGCGGAGGGAUACCUGCGAGAUGAAGACAAGACUCGGGCAGUGUUCCGUCCGGCACCGGCUUGGGCUCUUAGGUUCUCUGGUGCUGCUAAGGGUAGCGUGUAUUGCACGGCAGACCUUGUCCGUUACAUUGGUUCUCAGGGCGAGAUGGAGUUUGUUGGUCGCAAAGACACACAAGUGAAGCUCCACGGACAGCGAAUUGAGUUGGGCGACGUGGAGCAGCACCUGCACUCCUAUCUCAGUUGUGUUCCUCAUUUGUUUGUCGAUAUUCUGAACACACACUCCAUUGUCGAUGGCAAGGAGGAAGAACAGGAGCAUCUCGCGGCAUUCUUCUGCUUCGACAAUGUGGUGAAAGGAGCCGAUGUCCCUUAUGACGACGAUAUCCUUCUCCAAGAGUUCUCUGGUGAAGGGAAGCAGCUGCUCGCCGCCGCCGUUGCUCAACUGGAAUUGAAGCUCCCCAGCUACAUGAUACCAGCCCUAUUUGUUCCUCUGAACUUUCUACCUACCGUCACGAGCACCAAGGCUGACCGCAAGGCCAUCAAGCGUAUCGCCUCCAGCUUGGGCGCGGUUGCUCUCCGAGAGAAUUAUGCUCUCGAAACGGCCACCGAUGCUAUAAGACCACCAGAAUCGUCUAUGCAGAAGGUCCUGGCGAGGUUAUGGGCGUCUGUACUAGGUGUGUCAGAAUCAUCCAUUGGUCUCGACAGUAGCUUCUUGCGUCUAGGCGGUGAUUCUAUUACCGCUAUCCGACUUGUCACCAUGGCUAGGGACUCGGGGAUUGAUCUGGAGGUGGAAGUGGUCUAUCACAACCAACGUCUAGAAGCCAUGGCUUCAGCGUGCGACGAGCUGCGCGUGGUCGAAGAGUCUCAGAUCGAAUCGUUUACUCUUCUUGACGGUCUCACUACCUUGGAGGAUGUCAAGGCAAGCCUGGCGCAGGCUUGGGAUAUGGAUCCAGCAACUCUAGAUCCGGCAUUGAUAGAAGAUGCGUACCCUUGCACGUCCCUUCAAGAAGGGAUGAUCGCAUUGACUGAGAAGGAACCUGGUACUUAUGUUGCCAACAUGAUUUUCAAGUUGGGUAACGGGGUUGACCCGCAACACAUCAAGGCGUCAUGGGAUCAGAUUGUCACCGAGACUCCCAUCCUGCGGACCAGAAUCAUCUGGCUCACCAACGGGAGAGCCAUUCAGGUCGUUCUUCGCAAAGGCAGCCCUUGGCACAGGGGGACCAUUGAAGGACUUCCCGGCAGCCAAGCCAUAAAGCCAGGGUUUACACCCAUCGGCUACGGCACAUAUUUGUCACAACAUGCACUCCUUACUCAUGAAGCCACGGGUGAGGUCUUCUUCGCGUGGAACAUUCACCAUGCAGCCUAUGACGGGUGGUCCUUGGAUCUCCUGUUUGCGCGGUUCGGUGAGGUGUACGCAAACCUCAUCCUAGCGCUCGAGUCACCUCCUCGAUCGCUGUAUGUGAGCUUCAUUGCCCAUAGCGAACGUGUCCGAGAGACGGCAGCGGCCUACUGGACUCAAACGCUGGAAGGGGCGAGAUGCACUGAUUAUCCUCGACUAUUUAACGCCAGCACGCAGCAAGGCGUCCGCACAGAUGCCACCUUGAGGCAAUCCUUCUCCAUCAAGUCCAACCAGCGCCAACACGCUUCCUCAGAUGUGACAUUGGCAAACCUCAUGACGGCAGCAUGGGGUCUCUCAUUAUCGACCCGAGCCAGCGACGGUUCGGGCUCGCUGGAGGAAGUCACCUUUGGCACAACUGUCUCGGGUCGCAAUGCGCCUGUCGCAGGUAUCGAGUCCAUGGUAGGACCUAUAGUGACCUCUCUGCCCCUGCGUGUGCUCCUCAGCGCGUCGGCGACUGUCGGGAGAUAUCUCAGGCGGGUACAGGAGCAGAGCGUCGAAAUCAUCCCUCACCAGCAAUUUGGGCUGCAGAACAUUGCGAGGCUGAGCAACGACGCCCGCUCUGCGUGUGACUUCCGCACGCUCCUGGUGAUUCAACCUGCCAAGCUAGCUGCGGUCGGUCGAGGUUCGCCGGAUGGUCAGCUACCUCUACUUCCAGUUCACGACACAGAGGGCACGAUUGAAGAUGACUUCUUUACAUACCCGGUAGUCUUCCAGUGCCAGAUCCCCCAACAUGCGGAUUCUGAAAUAUCCCUCACCGUAGCAUACGCUUCGAGCGUGAUCACUGGUGAAGAAGUCGAGCUACUUUGUGGCCACUUCCAGCAAGCUGUCCUCGCGCUAUGCUCUGCCGCCCCGUCUACCCCUUUGGCCAAGAUCAACUUGUUGGGCCCAGAAGACACAAGAGUUCUCACAGUGGCCAACGGUUCAUCUCCUCCACCUUACAACGAAUGCCUCCACACUCUCCUCGAGGAACAGGCGCAGCUUCGUCCACCCGCGCCCGCCAUCGACGCUUGGGACGGCAGUCUGACCUACCAGGAGCUCGACAACGCUGCCAACUCGUACGCCAACCUACUUCAGUUUCAGUACACGAUCAAGGCUGGAGAUCUUGUCCUCGUAUGCUUUGAAAAGUCCAUGUGGUACUUUGUCGCGAUCCUCGCCAUCAACAAGGCGGGUGGUGCCUGGGUGCCCAUCGACCCAACGCACCCUCGGAGUCGUCAUCAGCAGAUUGCGAGCAAAACUGGAUCGGUAACAGCCUUGUGCUCUCGCGAAUGCCGCAAGCACGUCGAUAACUUGGUUGAAAAUGUCGUCCAGGUGGACUUCAUGACGGCACCGUUCACGCAAGAUGCCCCGGCGGAGAUACGGACGAGGCGAGCAUCAUCACUCGCUCAGCCCUACGACGCAGCGUACGUCUUGUUCACGUCCGGGAGUACGGGCACGCCCAAGGGCUUCAUCAUGGAGCAUCGUGCUGCCUGUACGGGUCAGCGGGCUAUCGCCAAGAGACUUCAAAUGUCGAGUGAAACCCGCAUGCUUCAAUUUGCGGCCUUUGUGUUCGACUUUUCCAUUGGCGAAAUUAUAAGCGCGUUGGUGACAGGUGCCUGUGUCUGUGUGCCUUCCGAAGACCAGCGCAUGAACUCCCUGUCGGACUUUAUCCGCGAAAAGGGCGUGACGUGGAUGUUCCAAACCCCAGCACUCCUGAGGACGCUCAGCCCAGACAUGGCGCCCACCGUACGUGUGGUGGGAGUCGGUGGCGAAGCCGUCGGUCAUGAUAUCCUUCACCAAUGGUUUGGAAAAGUCCGGCUUAUCAACGUCUGGGGUCCGGCUGAGGCUUGCUGUAUCUCGAGCUCGCACCAGUGGGCCUCUAUCUCCGAGUCUCCCCAGAUUAUCGGCAAGCCGGUCGCUUGCCAUUGCUGGAUCGUGGACUGUGAGGACACGGAGAAGUUGUUGCCCGUGGGGGUUAUUGGAGAAGUCGUCAUCCAUGGGCCCAACGUGAUCAAGGAGUAUCUCGGCGAUCCAGCCAAGACAGCCGCCAGUGUCCUCGAGGGCAACGCUCUGCCCGGGUGGGCGCAGAGCGAAUCCAGUCUGCCCCCAUGGAGCAGGGUCUACAAGACCGGUGAUCUGGCGUGGUACAGACCUGAUGGCGCCAUGGAGUUCUUGGGUCGCAAGGAUACGCAGGUUAAAAUCAGGGGGUUCCGCGUGGAGCCGGACGAAAUUGAGCAUCUCGCCCGUGAUCACCUGGGAUCCCAUGUACAAAUUGGUGUUGUUGCCUUUGAAAAGGGUUCCUCGGGUCAAGGCAAGCCUGCCCAGGAAUUGGCUGCCUUUGUCUGUCCCUCGAACGCCUCCAAGACAGCACAUGUCGAUCUUGUGGACAGCUUGGACAUGCUUGCAAAAGACAUGGUGCUUCCACCAGACACAGAGGAGCACAAGGGGAUAGAAGGGCUCCAGCGCUUCUUGGGAAGCCGCCUCCCCUCUUACAUGGUACCCACCGUCUUCUUUCCCUGUGCUUACAUGCCUUUCGUCACCUCCGCCAAGCUCGACCGCAAGAAGCUCAGCGCCGUGGCCGCUAUUAUCUUCAAGUCGAAUCUUGUCUCGUUUCGUGGCGUUCACAGUACGAAGCGGCAACCCCAGACCGAUAUGGAAGACAAGAUGCAGCACAUCUGGUCCGAGAUCCUCAACCUGCCGCCUAGCGACAUUGGCUUGGACGACAACUUCAUCACGCUGGGUGGCGACUCAAUUACGGCGAUCCGGCUGGUGACCAUUGCUCGUUCGCAGGGUAUCAAGAUAUCCGUUGCGCAAGUUUUCGCAGAUCCGACACUGCUAGCCGUGGCCAGUAAAGCUCAGACCCGUACUGCGAAAGCCUCCAUUGAAACAGGUGCUAUCACUCUGGAGAUCUGGGCCUUGCUUCCGGAUAUCUUGACUCCACCCGAAAUAGAUCAUCUUGUCAGAGAACAAUGCCAGCUCCCAGUGGGCUGUGUGGUGGAGGACGCAUUCCCCGUGUCGCCCUUACAGGAAGGUGUGAUGAUGUUGACAGAGCGCUACCCUGGCGCCUAUUUCGGUCGCUUCAUCUUCCAACUCGGUUCGCACGUUAACAUCGGUCGUUUCAGGGCUGCCUGGGAGGUCGUUUUCUCCCUUUGCCCCAACCUCCGCACCCGCAUCGUGCGCGGUCCGGGAGGCGAGCCACUGCAAGCGCACAUCAAACAUGGAGCGUGCUGGCAGGACACACAGGGGCUUAACCUGGCCGCUUAUAUUGCAUUGUCUAUCCAGAACCCCCCUGGCUUCGGGUCUGCUUUGAGUAGGCAUGUACUACUUGAGGAUGACAACACGGGAAAGGCCUACUUUGUCUGGGAAAUCCACCAUGCCAUAUACGACGGAUGGAGUUUGAGCCUCAUGAUGCAGUUGUUUGUCCAAGCGUACGACCAUAUCGGUACGCGUAGUAUCGAAGCUUUUGCGCAGAGUUUCCAGGCCGUCCCUUUCCGCAACUUCGUCCAGUUCAUCAUGGGGGCGAACAGUCAAGCCUCCGCGGACUACUGGAAGAGGGAGCUCGACGGAGUCAAAGCGUCUGGGUUCCCACCACGCGCCCGUGGCGAUGCGAUAAAAUCCGGAAUGCGAACUACUGCUGUACCUCUUCCGGUUUCCAACAAGACAGGCUUUGUCGUUGCGACUAUUGUUCGCGCAGCAUGGGCGCUGGUUCUCGCUGCCCAUUCUGAUGACGCAGACGACGUCUGCUUCGGCGCGACAGUCUCGGGACGCCAGGCCUCAGUUGAGGGAGUAGAGUCUAUGGUCGGACCACUGCUCGCGACAGUGCCCGUCCGAACGCGUAUCAGCGGCGACCAGAAGGUGGCCGACUUCCUCCGCAUGAUCCAGGACCAAGCCACGGGCAUGAUCGAGCACGAGCAAUACGGCCUCCCAAGAAUCUCCCGCCUGGGUCCAGAGGCCAAGGCCGCGACGGAAUUCGGCUCCUUGGUCGUUAUCCAGCCCAAGUACUUCACGGACCAGAGCAUCCAUGACCAGAGUACAAUGAGUGACCUCGUUGUACUUGUCAACGAGAGCGAGGCCGAGGCUGCUGGUCCCAGUGUGAACGAGUACUACACAUACCCUCUCGUCCUCCAGUGCCAGCUCAUGGAGGAGCAAGUGCAGCUCAACCUCAUCUAUGACGAGGCUUGUCUAUCGGGAGACCUUGUCGACCGCCUUGGAGAUCACAUGUCCCAUGUGAUUCACCAACUUGUACAAUUCGCAGCGACGGAUCGUCAGGUUGCUGACAUCCACGUUGCCUCGCAGAACGACGUUGCCCAAGCAAUUAUUUGGAAUACCUCCACGGCACGAGUGAGCCUCGGUACAGGCACCGACACUCUCCUCCAUCAAGCCGUCACGCGCUGGGCUACGCAAGCACCCACUCACCCUGCACUGGUUUCUGCUGAGGGAACCAUGACGUAUGAAGAGUUAGACCUUGUAUCCACGCGAAUGGCCAGGGUUUUGGUGCUCAACUACGGAAUUGUCUCCUCCACAAGAGUGCCUGUCUGCAUGGAAAAGUCAGCGUGGGCUAUUGUGGCCAUACUGGCCAUCAUGAAAGCAGGUGGCACAUAUAUACCGCUUGAUCCCGCCUUUCCCGAGGAGCGCUUGCGAGCCAUUCUGGAUCAAGUAUCAGCGGAUCUUGUCCUUACCUCGUCAACUACACAAGACUUGUGCCGCUCGCUGGGUGUCGGAACAUUGGUCCUGGAGCCGCGUGAGCUUCCAGAGGACUACGCAAAGGCAGACUACUACCCCCUUGAUCUGCCUACUGUGUCAUCAACCGAUACAGCCUACAUUCUGUUUACAUCUGGGUCUACUGGCACGCCCAAGGGUAUCCUGGUUGGACACAGGGCAGCGUGCAACAGCGUCAAAGGUUCUGCAUCGGCGGAAGGUUACGAUUUACAUCCCGAGAGCCGUAUACUGCAGUUCUCCAACUUCAUGUUUGAUGUCAGCAUCGCCGAGAUAUUUGGUGCCUUCAUGUUCGGAGGCACCUUGUGCGUUCCAUCAGACACGGAGCGUCUCACCGGACUGGCGGGCUUCUGCUCCGCUCAGAGGAUCAACACAGCCAUGUUGACAACAUCCUUUGCUACAACUCUUCGUCCUCAGUCUCUGCCCACGAUCACCACUCUGGUUCUUGUGGGUGAAGCUCCAACUCGCGAAGUCUUGGAUCUCUGGUUCGGCCGUGUGAAAAGGUUGGUUAAUGCGUAUGGACCGUCCGAGACGGUCAUGUUCUGCGCCGUCCACGUGUACAGCGCCCCUGACGAAGAGCCUUCGAACAUUGGACGUGGAGCACUAGAAGUCGACAUCAGCUGCUGGAUCGCCGCCACGGACCACCCAGAGCGACCAGCCCCUCUUGGGUGUGUAGGCGAGAUCGUGGUUCGCUCUCCAUCCUUGGCGAAGGGGUACCUCAAUGACCCUGAAAAGACCCAACAAACAUUCAUUUCCUCCGUGCCCUGGAUCCCUUCCACCACUACGCAGGGGUUCUAUAGAACCGGUGACCUUGGUCGUUACAAUGUCACGACCGGGACCAUUGAGUAUCUAGGCCGUCGAGACACGCAGACCAAGCUUCGCGGCCAGCGUCUGGACGUUGCGGAGGUGGAGCAUCGAAUGAAGGUUCUUUCUCCAGAGAAUACUGGCGUUGCUGCAAUUGUUUUCAAAAAGUCUACCAGAGUGGUCCUAGUUGCCUUUCUCUGGAAAGGACUCAAAUCAGCCCUUCCUUCAUUCAUGGUCCCCUCCCUCUUCGUUCCCGUUACCCGCAUCCCUCUCAACAAUUCUCUGAAGCUCGACCGCCUCAAGCUCCAAACACUCCUAUCCGAGGCCUCGGACGAUAGCUUGCUCCAGUAUACAGUACCCUUCAAGGCUGGGGAUGAUACAUCCACUGUUCCUGAGGGUCCCAUCACACCCGUGGAGGAACUUCUGCGCGAUACAUGGGCGUAUGUUUUGGGCAUCGACCAUAGCCUCAUUGGCAGACAAGACAACUUUUUCGGCAUUGGUGGCGAUUCUAUCACCAUCUUCCGGAUGAUUGCUGUUGCUGAUGAGCAGCACCUGACCUUGUCGGCUGCUGACGCUUUCGCCAAUCCAACACUUUCUGCUAUGGCUUCUUGUUGCGUCCUGUCAGCGACUAUUGCGGCGCGCGGCCUUGAGGGUUCUGACCGUGCUCUUCCACCUUUCGGUCUCCUACCUCAAGAAAUGUUCGUGGGCGAGAUCCUGAGCUCGGCAGCAACACAAUGCCAGGUCUCGCCCGAGUCUAUUGAGAACUGUUUCCCGUGCACUCCCCUUCAGGAGGGUCUGAUUGCCAUGGCAGAGAGCGAGACUGCCUCGUACGUUGCCAGAUACAUCUUUGAACUCCCAGGAGAUCUUGAUCUUCAGCGCUUCAAGCAGGCAUUGGCCACUCUGUACUCCUUGAGCCCCAAUUUACGCACCCGCAUUAUCUCACAUGUUGGUGAAGCAUCAAUCCAAGUCAUCUUGCAAGACCAAGUCCCGCUGAAGGAGCUUACAACCUCUGAAGACGACAUUGAUCAGUAUCUCGGAUCCAGCAACAGCAAAGACCUUGUUAUCCAGCCCGGAUUUGGCCGUCGUCUGGUCUCCUUCAACUUGGUCUACACAGCAGGUGGCAUAGCACACUUGGUCUGGGACAUGCAUCAUGCUGUCUAUGACGGGUGGACUCUGAACAUGAUGCUGGAUAUCCUUCGGAACGCGUAUAUCCGGCAGACACCUCAGGAAUCUCGAGUUGUCCCGCUGGAUAUCUACGUCCGCCACAUCCUCGAGGCAUCCGAGGAUCGAGAGGCAUCUGAGGUGUACUGGCAAGCCCAGCUGUCCGACCAUGAACCUUCUCGUUUUCCAGGAGGAAAUGACAGGUCCUCGGGUUUCGAAGAGGAUCCAAAAGCAGGUUCCAUCGCUACGUCCCAGCACAGGUUUGAUCUUCCCCCGACCGCCUCAGGCACAUCCACCGCCACUCUGCCCACCGUACUCCGCGCUGCUUGGGCUAUGGUGAUUGCGGAGCAUUCGGCCACAAAGGAUGUAGUGUUCGGCAAUACUGUCUCGGGCCGUAGCGCCCCCGUGCCUGGAAUUAUGAAGGUUGCGGGGCCGACCAUCACAACCUUGCCCAUUCGCGUCCGGAUCCCUACGGCGGCAGAGGAUGAAAGUGUCUCGGUGCUGGACUUCCUCGCUUUCAUGCAGGCACAAUCCAACGAGAUGAUACCCUGGGAGCAUACUGGCUUGCAGACAAUUGCAAAGAUGGGUCAGGAUCUCCACGAGGCGUGCCAAUUCCAUAAUUUGCUCGUCAUUCAGCCAGGUGCCCGGCUCGAUAACGACACGAGUGCAGACAAGAUGGAGCCCUUUGAUAAGAUCAAGGUGACGGACAAGACACACACAUUCCCCGCAGGCCAAAGCCAGUAUCACGCCUAUCCUCUCGUCUUCCAGUGCUCCCUACGAGGACUGAAGUCCGUCGACAUUGAGGUCAUCUACAACACGCAGCUACUCUCUGAACAGGCCAUCACGGCGCUCUGUCAACAAUUCAGCCAUGUCACACUUCAACUUGUGGCGGCCCUCGGUCCAGGAAAAGCACCAAGGCCACUCUCCUCUGUACAAGUCCCUUCGCCAGAUGAUCUCGCCAAGAUGGCAGCUUGGUCCUCAGUCAACUCCACGUUGGACACCCGUGAUGAGUUCGCCCAUGCCAACAUCACUAGGCAGUGUGAGAAGCUACAAGACGCAGAGAGUGUCCAUUCGUGGGACGGGACACUCACGUACGAAGAGCUCGAGACUCUUUCCAAUCGCCUCGCAAACCACAUAGUAUCACUUGGCGUAACUUCUGGCACAUUUGUGCCGCUCUGUUUCGAGAAGAGCAAAUGGGCUGUCGUGGCCAUGGUGGCGGUGAUGAAGGCUGGUGGUGCCUUUGUCUCCGUGGACCCUACGCAUCCGCGCAACCGUAUCGUUUCCCUGAUCCGCAUGGUCUCGGGUGACCAUGUGGCCCUCUGCUCGCCCUCUACUGCAUCUGUGCUCAGCGGUACGGCGACUCAUGUCCUUCCCAUCUCCGCGGCUUUCAUGGUCCAACUGGAGUACACAACUCUGCCCGACAUCUCUGCGCUAGACAGAAACACGGACCCUUCUCGAGCCGCGUAUGCUAUUUUUACAUCCGGAACCACCGGCGAGCCCAAAUGCGUGGUCGUCAGCCACCGUGCGCUGUGCUCCAGCAGCGCAGGGCAUGCCAAAACCAUCGGGUUGGGCCCCGGGUCUCGCGUGCUGCAGUUCUCCAACCACGUUUUCGACGUCAGCCUCGGCGAGAUGCUUUCGACCCUUAUGAUGGGUGGCACCAUCUGUGUUCCCUCAGAAGAUGAUCGGAUAGGAGGCAGGCUUGCCGCAUUCAUCGGCAGCAGCAGCACGAACACAGCCCUGCUCACGCCUUCUGUCGUCCAGACGCUGCAUCCUUCAGAGGUACCGGGUCUCAAGACGUUGGUCCUCGGUGGUGAGGCCCCGACCAAGGAGAAUGUGAGGACGUGGUAUGGUCGGGUCAAGUUGCUCAAUGGCUACGGGCCCGCUGAGGCCUGCAUCUACUGCAGCGUCGCGGAGGUGUCGCACCCUGGGGAGGACCCGGCCAUCAUCGGUUCGGGCUCCAACUUCCGCCUGUGGGUAAUGGAUUUCAAGAAUCCCAGCCGUAUCGUGCCGCCCGGUUGCGUCGGUGAGCUUCUGGUCGAAGGGCCCGGUCUAGCAGAUGGCUACCUGGGAAGCCCUGUGGCAACGCGUGACGCCUUUGUCGAGGUCGAUACGAGCGCCUGGCCCACAUUGGGGCUCGCGGAACAAGUCUCGACGCCCGUGAAAAGAAUGUACCGAACGGGCGACUUGGCCCAGUACUGCCCGGACGGCCGCGUCAAGUACCUGGGUCGCAAAGACAGCCAAGUCAAGAUUCGUGGUCAACGAGUGGAGCUUGGCGAAAUCGAGUAUCAAGUCCAAAAGAUCACGAAGACCCUCCAAGACAACAUCAAACAUUGCGUCUCUGACGUCCUGGACGUGAGUGGUCGCCAGACUCUAGCCGUUGUGCUAAGCCAUGGCGAGGCAACCCAACACGCAGUGAUGAGACCUAUGAUGGCUACGCAAGCAUUCAAGAAGCAGAUCACACAAGGUCUCCCGGUCUUGGAGGCGGUUCUACCUUCCUACAUGGUGCCUCGUCACUUUAUCCCCGUGACGAGCGUGCCCUGUAACGCCUCAGGCAAGAUCGACAGGAGGAGACUGCGCCGCGAACUCGAGGCCCUGACGACGGCGGACAUGCAAGCAUUCUACGUCUCCUACACUUCAUCGGAAGAGGUAAAGGUGUCGGGCAUUUCAAAGCCCACAACCUCUGUAGAGCGCAACAUUCACUCCAUUUGGGCAGACGUACUACGCCUGCCCCCCAUGACCUUUGGAGUGACAGAGAGCUUUACCCACCUUGGCGGCGACUCAAUCAACGUCAUCAGCAUGAUCAAGAAGAUUGAGGCGCGUCUCCAGGUCAAGAUGAGUGUCCGGGACUUCAAAGGCCGCACCACCACCGUGGCUGGUUUGGCGAGAAUGGUCGAAUCGAGCCGCAUAAACGCGAAUACGAGCUCGGCCUCUGAGUCAGACUUGUCAUCUGACGUGCCCUCUGUGGACCUACCCACGGAGAUAGCCACGCUCACCGAGGAGGUCACGUAUCGUUUAGCUAUGGACAAGUGGAGUGGUCUAUUCGAGACAACUGGUGUCUCGAACGUAUUCCUCACGGGCGCUACUGGCUUCCUCGGUAACGAGAUACUUCGGCAACUUCUUCUCUCGCCGACGAUAAGCCACGUCGUGGCCCUGGUGAAAGCCUCCUCGCCCGAAGCCGGCCUUGGUCGCAUCUUCAAGUCCGCGACGUUGGCUGGCUGGGUAUCCCAGCUCCACCCAGCCGCACUGCGCAAGAUAGAGAUCUGGCCGGGCGACUUGGCAUUGCCCCGUCUAGGCCUGACGGCAGAGCAGUGGUCCCGCUUGACGCGGCAAGUCCACGGUGACAGCAAGCACGGAAUCGACGCUAUUGUUCACAACGGCGCCUCUGUUAAUUGGUUCACCGAUCUGGAGGGCCUGUACGCGGCCAACAUCACCUCCUCGGUGCAGCUCGCUUCGGCUGCACUCGAGUGCGGAUCCAGAUUCGCGUACGUGUCAGGAGGCGUCAAGGCCGUCAACACACAAGAUCACCAGCUGGAGGUGGCGAGGCAGCUCUCCAAGACCGGAACAGGGUAUGUGCAGAGCAAAUUUGUGGCCGAAAGCGUGAUUCACAACAUUGCCGCCUCGAUCACGGGGCCGAACCCGAUUUCCAUCGUGAAGCCUGGUGGCAUCAUCGGCGCCGCAUCCUCUGAUGGGGUCUGCAACUCGGACGACUUCCUCUGGCGGAUCGCAUCCACGGCCACCUCGCUCGGGGCCUAUCCAAUGGAGCCCGACAACCACUGGCUCUUCCUCGAUACCGCGCAGAGUGUCGCUCAAGUUGUGUUGGCACAGCUAGACAACAGGCUCCCCGAAACUAACACAAAUGGGAUCUUUGUGGACACGCAGUGCGGGCUGAGCGUGCCCGACUUCUGGGAGAUCAUCAAGGAAGAACUGUCCCCUGAGACAUCUACCCUCCGCGCCCUGUCGUGGGAUGAAUGGUCCUCAGCUGCCCGCACGCACAUGGAAGCCGUGGGACCGACGCACCCCCUCUGGCCUGUCCAGCACUUUCUCGGACAACUGGCCACCGGGAGUAGGCCCGCAAACGGCUACACGGAGCAAGACACGCACCGGGUGGCAGAAGCCGUCCGCAGUAGCUUUCGCUAUCUUCGCCGGGCGGGCUUCAUCUCGCCAGGGGCUACGGCUGUUUCGCAUCUCGAAGCUCAAGGUGUCGCGUCUCGCCAGGAUGGAAAAAUGGAGCUGUUUGGGCGGUCUUCGGCGCGACAAGUCCAGUUCACGGAGGGUUCUCCUUGA